GUCUAUCGCACCCGCACGACCCGCACGCGAUUGUUGCCUCCUCCUCGCAAACUGCAAUCAGCCCCGAUUCCCUGAUCCUAUAAUUGCGAUUUCUCCGCUUUGAGUUGCGAUAAUCGCGAGUACUUACGCAAUGCUCAACUGACACGAAGUGCCUUGAUAAGAAGACGCAUUGUUCUAGUUGUGCGCUGAUCAUUCCAACCGUUUCCAACUGCAUGUAGUCGGUGCCAGGCAACGACGAAGCGCCGACGGAUACUUGCAUCCUACAGUGAUUCAGUGCUCUGCAGUUUUGCCUUUUAAUUCGCUAGUGCGAGCGGUUUCCUGUCGCGAACUGCCGCAUAAACGUUAGAUACGACGUGUACUACGUUACCAUCGAUGCUCUUCACCUCAGUUCAUCCCUCAGCGGCGUGGCACUAAAAUGCCCCUGACUCGAGUGGAACUGCUCCCUCUGUCGGUCUUCGUUCUAUUGCCUGGCACCUUCAUAGUUACAUACUUGAUCUCAAUUCUCCUCGGCCAUGUGGAAGUCGAGUUCCCAUACAUCAGCGACACGGGCACGUACGCCCCGGAGAGCUGCAUAUUCAGCCAGCUCCUCAACAUCUGCUCUGUCUUGAUGGCUGCAACAGUGUAUGUGCGUUACAAGGAAGUGGAGCAGUACUACAGGGACCAUCUGUCCCAGGAGUCGCCUCAGGUUCUUCGGAUGAACACCAGCGGUCUCUGGCUGGGCUGGAUGUCAUCACUGGGGGUAUCCAUCGUCGCAAACUUUCAGGAGACGGAGGUGCUGUAUGUUCACCUCUGUGGAGCCCUGCUGGCCGUGGGUGGAGGCACGGCAUACACGUGGAUCAACACGCUGAUGAGUUUCCGCAUGCACCCGCUGGUGAACACGCGCUUCAUGGCAUGGCUUCGCCUCUUCCUCUCUGUGGUGGCAACAAUAGCCUUCAUCAGCACCGCCAUCACAGCGCCUAUGUCACUUUCCAGAUUUCACGGAAAGGACAAAACAAAAUGGAAGCCUGAAGAUGGGGGUUACCACCUUCAUGUGGCAAGCACGGCAUCCGAGUGGGUCCUGGUGUUUGCAGUGGACCUGUACCUGCUCACGUUUGUCAAGGAACUGCGCCAAAUCUGCCUCAGCUCCCCUAAGGUGCAGUUUCUGGCAGAAGGCACUCAUCUGUCAAGCUCAAGUGACGUGUACCAUACGCAAGACCACUUGGAAAUUGCGCACGCCCCCAUGCCAUCCUUGGGCAACGGGGCAUCGGAUGUAGCCGUUCUCACCACGCGAGCAAUCGUGCACUAGUGUGGUGUGUCCCGUGCUAAGACUCUUGCCGUGCACCCCAGCACGUGCACAUUUUAACUUGCGAAUUCUUUGACGAUGCUGAUAUGCAAGUGAUAUAUAUUAUAUGUAUACACGUAAGUGGCACGUCGGCAACCGCAAACAUGCGGUUGUUGUCCGGCAGUCGCCCUCAUCAUGCUGCAGCGGCAGGCAAUUGCAUUACUAUGCCGCAAGGCCGAGCCUGCAGAGAAGUUCAUCAUUGAUGCUUGCCAUUGUGUUCCUUUUGUUCACUUACACUUCUGAAAGAGAGAAGAACGUGUAUGACACGCUGUGAUUAGCUUGUGAAUGAUCAUGAUUCCCGCAGAUUGUGCACGCACACACGCAUCGUUGGUCUGAACUUUGCUCACAGUUUGCGCUUCCUACUGUGUAUCGGGGGCGCAUGCUGAGCGGGUGAUCUAGGUUAUGACGCCACAAUAAAUAGCGCACCGGUGAUGUAAAACACUUUGUGCACAUGGUCAACCAUCACCUGAACAGUUCCCAGAUUUUGCGAGUCCACUGUAGAGUAUUUAUUUUUUCGUGUCUUCGAAGAGGCCUUUUGUACGUAGCCCUCCUCCUUGGCUAUGCAUUCCCUCGUUUACUUUUAGUCCUUCGGUUAGAUUGUAGCUUUCUUGGUUGUUUUUUAGUUGAACAUCUCGCGCAUUUUAGGGAGCAUCGGUUCCCUUGUUGUAGAGCCGGUUAAUUUAACUUUACGUGAUGCCUUUGAGAGUAACAUUACUUCAGUAAUGUGGGCAUUCAUAAAUAAAUGUACAAGUUUAUUUACUAAUGCAAGGGCAUGAAGUUCAUGUAGCCUUUUUUGUUCUUUCUUUGUGGUUUAAAGAGCCUAUAAUUGUGUAUAGUAUUUUUGAGCCCUGCUGAUGCAGUUUGUAUUUUUACUAUAAAUUAAAACAAAUUUUUAAACGAAAA